GUUCCUAGUCAUGGAGGCUCGCUUUGGUAACAUUGUGUUUAGCUCCAAGUUUGACUCAGGAAACCUGGCACGAGUUGAAAAGGUGGAGAAGCGCAAGACGAGCCCUCCCUCUGACACGGCCUCCAGUGGGAGCUCCUCCUCGGGGGGACAGCUCACCCCCGACUAUGAGUUCAAUGUGUGGACGCAGCCGGACUGCGGCGGGACAGAGCACGAGAACGGAAACAGAUCAUGGUUUUACUUCAGUGUGCGGGGGGCGACAUCAGGGAAGUUGAUGAAGAUUAAUGUGAUGAACAUGAACAAUCAGAGGAAGUUGUACAGCCAGGGCAUGGCUCCCCUCGUGCGCACAUUACCUGGCAAAAACCGCUGGGAAAGAAUUCGGGACCGACCCACAUCUAAGAUUGUGGAUAACCAGUUCAUCCUUUCAUUCACUCAUCGGCUCUUGGAGGUGCGAGGGGCUACCACCUACUUCUCUUUCUCCUAUCCUUUUUCCUACACCGAGUCCCAGGAGAUGCUGCAGCAGCUGGAUGACAGUUACCCCAAUGCUGCCCAGCUCAGUCCAAGCAGUGCACCUGGUGCCGUGUAUUACCACAGAGAGUUGCUGUGCUACUCUCUGGAUGGUAACAGGGUGGAUCUUCUCACUGUGACCAACUGCAACGGCAUGCAGGAUGAGAGAGAAGUCCGUCUGCCCAAGCUGUUUCCUGAUGACAACACUCCAAGACCACAUCGCUUCUCCAGCAAGAGGGUGUUUUUUCUUAGCAGCCGUGUGCACCCAGGGGAAACUCCCUCAGCUUUUGUGUUCAACGGUUUCCUGAACUUCAUCCUAAGAAGAGACGACCCACGAGCAAACAUGCUGCGCAACAUGUUUGUGUUCAAGCUCAUUCCCAUGCUCAACCCAGACGGGGUCGUCCGCGGACACUACAGAACUGAUUCCAGAGGUGUGAACUUGAACAGACAAUACUUGAACCCCAGCCCUGAGCUCCACCCCUCCAUCUAUGCAGCCAAAACCCUAUUGCUCUACCAUCACACACACAACCGCCUGCACAGCGUCCCCACAGUAACAGCAGCACCAACCUGCAGCCCGCCCCCCCUCAACAGUAAACUGCAAAAUCACAAUCAGGGUCCCCCCCUCACUGCUCUGGAAGUCAGCUUGAACCAACGUAAUGUAGAGAAAGACAUAAACCCGGCUCAGCUGGAGGUUCCCAUGGUGAUGGAGGAGAACACCUGGACCACCGCAGAGAUGGGAAAGGGGCCAGAACUGCUCUCCGAGUUUUCCCCGAGACCGUAGCUGCUGUCACAGAACCUGAACCGGUGCCACAAGUGGCACAAGAGGGAGGACGAGUCGGUCGCCGCCCCAGGAGGGCGGGUGGUGGCGUAUUAUGUGGACUUGCACGGCCACGCCUCUAAACGUGGAUGCUUCAUGUAUGGAAAUAAUCUUCCUGAUGAGAGCCAGCAGGUGGAGAACAUGCUGUAUCCGAGGCUGAUUGCUGUCAACUCUGCCCACUUUGAUUUCCUGGGCUGUAACUUCUCAGAGAAAAACAUGUACGCGCGCGACAAGAGGGACGGCAGUCUAAAGAAGGCAGCGGCCCGCGUCGCCAUUCACAAGGCAAUAGGGCUACUUCCCAGUUAUACUUUGGAGUGCAAUUAUAACAGAAAAACCAUGAACACUAUUCCACCUGCCUGCCAUGACAAUGGACGCGCAUCCCCCCCUCCAGCUUCAUCAUUCCCUCCAAAAUACACUCCAGAAAUAUUUGAGCAGGUAGGAAGGAACACACUUUUUUAA